ACAAUUUCCCAACCUGCAACUUCAUAAAGAUAACUGAGGGUAACUCAUGGCUCCUGUGUGUUUGCUUCAACUUGCAUACGUAACAUAAUGCUAACACGAUCGAACCCGGCUUGGUGCGUUUAGCAGUGUUACCUUAGCAAUGCUAAAUUAUAGCAAAAUGGACACGUGUCGAAAAUAAUAUGAUGACGUGCAAGAUGACUUGUAGAAAGGGACAGAGAUCUCCCCCACUGCGCGACCGUCUUUAUACAACGUCUAUGGUUUGCAAAUUUGCAUCUAUAUAAUUUAGAUGUGAUAUGGCAGCAUGACGUUUUACCGAUCUUUCAUUUUACCGACGUUUUACCGAUGUUUCGUUUCGCGUCUCAUCGUGAUCACAUUUUGCUGUUUGGAUCAAGGUAUCGUGAACGAAAGAAUUGGACAAAUUGAUAAUUUGACCCGAUGACGAUGUCAACCAAAAAAGUCGGAGCAUCACAAAAUGAGUUCAUCCCGAGGAGGGCAUGAAUGUCCAGGUGCCAAAUUCCAUGGCAAUCCUCCAACAGCUGUUGAGGUGGCUGAGAUAUUUCACCCAGAAACAACAGAGGAAACCAAUUCAUUCAUCGUUCAUCCAUCCAUUCAUCACUUCAUAACGGUCAAUCCAUCUAAUAGUUGUUGGACGACCACAUCUGUAAUGUGGCAGCGUUUGAGUUCCUCCCCAAAACUGUCCCCUUCUCCGACGAGAGAGAGACGACGGACGGUUCUCAUCUCUGAACGUGGUUCGAGCUCUGCAUAGCUGUAGCAGGGUGUCACCUCUGAGAACCGUUACAACGAUCGCUCUGCUUCCCGCCGCCUCCUCUCUGAGGUAUUCUCGGGCCGUCUGACAACUUUUCCGAACAUGUGUUAGGCAUUCUUUUUUCUUUUCUUCCUCGCUCCACAGCGAAACAGACUCCGCAGAGCGAUUUUCUUUUUUCUUUCGGCGUUCGGCUCGGUUCAUUCUUUUCUAACAUGUACGGGACAAAUAAUAUUUUCAUUACUUUGACCUGCCGGGUUGUUUUUAGUUUUUUCGCGAAUCAACAGGGAAGACUAUCCCUACAUACCAUCACGUACCAAAACAAUUUUCCCUUACUGAAUGAGGGUCAUUGUUCAGGAUUCGGAGGUUUCUUCAAAAGUGCCCAUUGUCAAUGAGAGUGAUACUCUACUGUCUGGGAACUUUCCUGAGGACGCACGAAAGAACGUGUUGAUCCUUCUCUGCUUCUCUUUGGUUCGAGUUUGGCAGAUAUGACUUCACUAUGACUGAUACUGGCUGCAGUUGUUGAUGUUAUGACUUCACUCUGUCCUUUGCACCCUGUACUUCUCCACAGACAAACCACAAUGAGGCCAGACGAGCACAGUGAAGCCAGACCGACGUCGUCUAUUCAUACAUCGCGUCCUCCCAAGUUUACCUAAGGCCAUUCAAGAUCAUUCAGACUCUUUUUUUUCCACAAUCGUUCAAGUGAAAUGCGAGUCAGCUGUAUUUAUGAUAUAUGGUAUCUACACUUGCUGACCACCCGGAGCCCACCUGCCGGACACACGCAUACUUUCCUCUUCUCCGUCUUCCUGUCUGUCUCCUUCUAUUUAUAGCUCACUACUGGAUGUCUUCACUGCCCACACAGCCCUGUGGGAAAUGACUGAUGUUGAAACUCGGGAAUCUACUUUGGAUUGGUUUCCCUUUUUUCGCCGUGAAUGGCUCACUUUCUGUUACCGGUCUUUUCUGCUGUCUGCUGCCUUUAGAUCCCCGCUUGUUGUUGAUGAUGACAUCAUCCUUGUCAUGUCCAUCUCCCUCUACAGCUCCACCAUGAGGUUGACAUAACAGGGUUUCACUGUAAGAAAGCCUCUCGGCGACUACUUGAUUCAUCGCCAUCGCAUCGGCUACAGAUCGCCGUGGGGCCUGGAGGAUGAAUUGUAAUGACUUCAGUGGUCCUCUGACUUCUUUAUGUAGCGCCGCAAAAUUCCACUUGUCCGGCGAAAGUGUCUCCAGAUGUGGACGGCUGGGCACGAAGCCCUCGGGAGCAGACGUUUUAAUACAGCACCGUGCCCAAGUUCAAGUUCGUGUGAAACGUCUAAACAACUGUUUAGCCAUGAAGAUUGCUACAGACGUCAAUGUGCCCAUCACCAUUCAACCGCAAUCACGUCGGCGAUCCCCUGAUCCGUCCGGCGCCGUCACCAGGUCAGAUGUUUAAUUUGUCCAGCACCAAACUAAAAGCUUUCCCAUCCGCCUCGGCUGUCCUUUAUUUGGGUCUGUUGGGAUAGUCACAGACACAACACACGAGGCCGUCUGGGUCAAUGGUGGCUGUUACACUCUGCUUUCCGAGUCGGUGUCGUCGUGUAGCACCGCUGCCUCUGCUGUGACUCUUCAGUAAUUUGGCAGCUCGGUUAAACAUCUGUCUAUGCCAAGAAUCCUCCGGGGGGCUUAUUAUAAUCCCCACGAUUCAAGUUCACCUCAGACACGCUGACCUGACGCCGUGGAAACCCCGGAGGGAAGAGAGGGAUCAAAUCUCUUUUGUGUCUGGCUGAAGUGGCGUGUUAGGGGUCUGUGGAGUGUCUUAGGCGUUGGGAUGAAAAGGGGAACUAGUGGAACUACGUGCUCUAUAUAACUGUGCCUUCCAAAAAAAGCAGACGAAAAGAUCAGCUGCUAUAUCUGACUGACCGGCAGCUUGUAAAAACACCAGCCAGAUAAAAAAAGUCUCAUCGUCAGAGUCGUGGAGUCAUCGGCACAGAGGGGCCGGAAGGUUGUUGGACUUGUAGACAACUGGGCUAAUGUAUUUUUCUCCCCUCAGCUCGUGUUAAGCUGUGUAAACUUGGAGCGCCACAAGACUGGAAAGAGAGGGAGGAGAGGAAAGAGAGGGGAAAGACUUGUGUGUGUGUGUGUGUGUGUGUGUGUGUGUGUGUGUGUGUGUGUGUGUGUGUGUGUGUGUGUGUGUGUGUGUGUGUGUGUGUGUGUGUGUGUGUGUGUGUGUGUGUGUGUGUGUGUGUGUGUGUGUGUGUGUGUAGUCAGAGUGGAAUUGGGCAAGCAGGGAGGAGGAAUGUGAAACAUUUCUGAUGCCGGCCCAGCGGCUGUUUACACGGUCGUCAGCCCGUGACAUCAGAGUCCAGACUUUAUAAAUGUCAGCAGGCGCGAGAAAAUGAGCAGUGAGCAAACAGCUGCACCGGUCGCACCGCACCGGCACACAGGCCAGUGAGAGACGGACGGACGGAGCUGCGUCAGCGACACGGGCCCCCAUGGACCGACUACUGUGUGACUGUGUGACCGCCGUGGCUGUGCUGCUGUGCGUGGCUUCACAGGUGCUGUGCCAGCUGUGUGACGGGCCCUGCCUUUGCCCGGGUCCUGCCCCGCGCUGCCCCGCCGGAGUCCCGCUGGUGCUGGAUGGCUGCCGCUGCUGCCAGCUGUGUGCCAGGCAGCGAGGCGAGGCCUGCACCGAGAUGUUGCCCUGCGACGUCCAGAGGGGACUGCAGUGCGACCACAGCGCGAGCUUCCCCGGGGGGCCCGGCGAGUGCAUCGGUCGGGAGGAGCUGGGCUGCGUGGUCAACGGGAUCACCUACGUGGAGGGCCAGUCCUUUCAGCCCUCCUGCGACGCCUACUGCCACUGCAGGGGUGGAGGGGUGACCUGUGUGCACACUUGUCCCUCGAUCGGCCGCCUGCCCACCCCAGACUGCCCCAACCCACAACAUGUCCGGCUGCCGGGGAAAUGCUGCAAGGAGUGGGUGUGUGAAAACCUCGAAAACACGGUCCUUCAGGACGCUAUCACGGCCAUGAGGCCCGGCAGACUGUGGCCCGCGCUCCCGAGGGAUCACCCUCUGAACAAGCUGGUGCCGUCUGCCUCCGCCUGCCCAGAGCAGAGCACCCAGUGGAGCGCCUGCUCCCAGAGCUGCGGCGCUGGGGUCUCCACGCGGGUCUCCAACCAGAAUCCUGCCUGCAAACUGCAAAUGGAGACGAGACUCUGCAAGGUGCGGCCUUGCCGUGCAGCCCAGACGACGGCCGGCAAACACAGGUGGGGGCGACAGGGCCGGUGCGAGGCCAUCCACGCGUCGCCGGGGCCCGUUCGUCUCGUCCACCAGGGCUGCCACAGCACUCGCGCCUACCGCCUCCGGUACUGCGGGCAGUGCACUGACGCCCGCUGCUGCACGCCUCACCAAGCCACCACCGCCGAGGUGACCUUCCGCUGCCCCUCGGGCAGGCUCCUACAGCGACCCGUGAUGAUGAUCCACUCGUGCGUCUGUCACAGCAACUGCCCCUACUCGCCGUACAAAAACCCUGCGCUCUGGGGGUCCAGGCCCUGACCGGCCCCGUGGCAGCACUGCACAGUCACACUUCACUGACUGAUUCGGGGGCCGAACAGUGAAAGGAACCUGAUGCAUCGUCAGGCGGAUCCUCUGAUCAGCGGACAUUGAGAGACAAAGUUAUUAUUGUAGAUAAAAAAGACUGCGAUUGGAGCUGGGAUGAUUGUUUCAUCUUCUCAGUCUGCACUUAUUCAUAGCUCCUUCAUACUCCUUGCACCUUGGGAUGCCAUUAUUGGGAUGGGGGGUUUUUUUUGUGCCUUUUUCCAAUAACCAAAAUCAAACAGUGAGUCAGGCAAGUAGGCAAACUUAAUUUACAGAAUAUAUUAUAUUCUAUAUAAUAUAUAAUAUAUUAUAUAUUAUAUUAUAUACACUUUUUCGAAGUCAGAAAGUGGGAAAACAAAAUGGAAGGUGUGACAGAAGAGUCAGAGAAGAUCAUUUUAACUGACCAGCCACAACCUUAAAACAGGUUUUUAAAGCUUUAAAAGUAAUUUUGUACUUUCACAAAUUUUCCUUAGCUUUAUGCCAAAAGUACAGAAUGUACACACUGGUGUAUAAAACAAGGGCAAAUAAGUCUAUGACCCACAAAGGAAAAGUGGGUUUUAAGAUGUGCACUGAUAUGGAUUCUCUGUUUCCUCCCAGAUAUCAGAGAGCGAAAACAACACUUUGAUGCACAAAGGUCGUGAACCGUCUCCUAUGUCAAAAGUUAAAAUUGUAAAAAAAACAACUUCAAUCCUCAAAAAGGAGAAACUAAAACUGGGAUCAUGUGCGAUUCAAAAACAAAACAAGUAUGAUGCCAUAGAAACAUGGUUGAAUUUAUCCAAAUCUUUGGACCAUCAUCAGGACGGAGACAGUUGUUAAAAUUGAUGUUGGAUCAGAAGCAGAACCCCAGUUAUUUUUUUUAAACCAUAUAAGUAAUUUUCGAUAAUUGUAUCUCAGUUUUUAAAUUUUUAAAAUCUUGACUAUGAAUUUUGGACCGUUGACCACGAUGCUAAUUUGGUCAAGACGAUAGUUUUAAAAACAUAUUUACAUUAAAAUAAGAUAAAAAUUAUAAUUGUUCUGAUAGAAAUCCCACUGAAUGACUCCAACCUCAGGGUUGACGGAUCUUGUUUUCUGACCCGACCAGUGCCUCUUUGAACACGUGUGUGUGUGUGUGUGUGUGUGUGUGUGUGUGUGUGUGUGUGUGUGUGUGUGUGUGUGUGUGUGUGUGUGUGUGUGUGUGUGUGUGUGUGUGUGU